AAUUUCGUAAAGAGUCUUCUAAAACUGAUUUACAAACGCGCGAUUUCAAAAGCAAAAUUUUGUUGUUCCAAAAUCGUCCAUAUUACUUAUUAUUACUUUAGGGACCAUAUCAAAUUGUACAAAGGACCCAGUUGUUAAAAAUUCUAAUUGAUAAUAAUUCACUUCAGUCCUUGAUUGAUUCUUAUUUGUAAUUGUAUUGCUUAAUGACACAAAUACAUAGUUGUAGGUAAAUAUGUUCCCUCUCUUAAAAAUGAAACAUAAAUUUUCCAGUGCCGUGCGAGAAAAGCUGACCACCUUUUCCACGACAAGUGACGUUAAAUUAAAAUUAAACAAAUAAGAACUUUAUCAUUGUUUGGUUUAUUAUUAACAUAAAAAUAUUAUGAAUUUUGGUUAUAAAAUACAAUGUUUACUGGGUUAAAAUUUACAUUGUGAAAAUAAAUUUCAAUAUAAAGAUUAAUUAAUGUCUGAACGUAGAGGCAGAAGUGAUAGACCAAGACCGUGUAACACUAGAGAAAGCGAAAAAAUUGUUGGUUCAAGAAUUAUAACUCAACAACAUGUUGAAUUUAUUUCAAAAUGGAUCGAUAGAUUGGAAAUUGCGGACCAAUUAAUUCCUUCAUAUGAAUUUAAAUUAUUAUUUACUGGAUCCCGUGAUGGACUUGACCGAGAUAAAUUUCAUGAAAUUUGUGAUAAUAAACUUCGCACAGUAACAAUUGUUAAAGCGAAAGGCAGUAACGAAAUUCUUGGAGGAUAUAAUCCACUUGAAUGGAAGUCUAAUGGUAGUUAUGGCAUUACUAAAGAUAGUUUUAUAUUUUCUUUUAAUUGUGAUAGAAUUAAUAAUUAUAUUUUAAGUCGUAUAAUGAAUGAGAAUAAUGCUAUAAAAAAUAAUUUUUACCACGGUCCAUCAUUUGGAGAAAAUGAUCUUGUUAUAUGGAGUUCAUCUUUUGGAAAUUAUUGUAUAAGAAGUUCUUAUUUAAAACCAAUCAGGCAAACUAAAAAUAAAUUUAUUGUAGAAGAAUGUGAAGUAUUUCAAAUUAUUCAUAAUGAACCUAUAGAUUCUAAUAACUAAUAUACUCAUAUUUUAGAGAACAAU